AUGGAUGGUGAUGGAAGCGUCCUUAGUUCGGAAGUCGCUGCAAGUCUUCUCAGUUUUGAGGGAACAGAAAGUAUUGGAGAAAAUGUACAAAAUCAAGUGGCGCGGUCAGCAUCGCAAGUUCGAAAAGUGAAUAAAGUUUGCGUUGUUGGAGCUGCGAACAAAAAUAUAGAAGUUAUAAAUUUAUUGAAGAAUCAUUUUGGCGUUCAGUUGUUGGAAAGUGAAGAUGGUUAUGAGUUUUUACAAGAUGUAAAUGUCACCUUUUUAUGUCAAAAAUUUACUGAUUGUCUCAGUUUCAAGUAUCUUAAUUCAUUUCAAAAGCCAAUUAUUGGUCCAGCAAUCGUUCGAAAACGUGCGAUUGAUGGAAAGCCUUUAUUGGUACCUCGUCCAAAUCGUCCAUUAUAUACUGAUAGUAUGGUCGGUGUACGCAUUGCUUUAUCAGGACUCUCCACAAAGUAUUGUCGCGAAGCUGUAGAUCUUGUGCAUUUUAUGGGUGGCAGCGCUCAGCGAUUGUUUUCCGCUUCGACUACUCAUUUAAUUACUGAUGCCGCUAAAGGCAACACUUAUCGAAUGGCAGUAUCAAUCGGAUGUCGUGUAAUGCAUUUAGAUUGGUUGAGGGCUGCAUGGGCAAUCAGAGAUUCUGUACAAAAAAGUGUCACUACUGCAGACUUCAUGAGUAAGUACAUGGUCGAACCAUUUUGUGGAUUGUCAUUAUGGUUUAUUGCGUACGAUAAUAAAGAUUUAGCUGAAAUGAAGGAGAAAACAAUAGAAAACAAAGGAAAAGUGGCUUCCAGUCAAGAAGAAGCAACGCACAUUGUUAUUUCAACAUCACUGGAUGCUAGUGUUGAAGGGUACAGUGCAAAACAACAUUUGGUUACUGGAGAAUGGUUUUGGAUAUCUGUGCAACUCAAUUGUUGUGCUAAUGAAAAUAUUUAUCAAUGGAAAAACCAACGGAACAAACGCUGUUGUGCGAUCUCUCCAGCUGCUGCUGAGGCCACACGUGCUGCUAGAAAAUCAGUUUCUAAGUCGUCUAUAGAAGUUCUUGAUAACAGCAAUUGUUCAGCUUUACCAGAUUACUCUGAACAUUUGUUGUCAUCAGAUGAUAUUGAGACAUUGAGUAAUAAUUCUCCACUAAAACAUAAUGAAAGAUAUGCUGUAUGUAAAGAAAUGUUAGAAACCGAAGAAAAUUAUUUGAAGGCAUUAAAAAUCAUUAUUCAGGUAUAUAAAGAACCGUUAGAAACACAGUUAUCGAAUCCAGAUAGCGGCCUUCUAACAAAAGCUGAAAUAAGCCAAAUGUUCUCAAAAGUACCUCCACUAAUUGACGUUCACGAGAAUAUUUGUCGUACACUUCAGAGUUAUAUAAUGCAUUGGAUGAAUGAACGCUUAAUUGGAAAAGCCUGGUUAGAUUACGUGGCAGAACUUACGCCUGUUUACAAAGCAUUCAUAAAUAAUUACGAUACUGCCAUACAAACAUUGAAUGAAUGCGAUGCAAAUAAACCUAAAUUUCAUGCAUUUUUGAAGGCCGCUGAAAGUCGUGUAGAAUGCGAAAGAAACAGCUUGACCGACUUAUUAAUACGGCCAGUGCAACGUUUGCAUUCAGUUGUUUUGCUAAUAAAAGCCAUUCUUGGAAGGACUGAUCGCAAAAACCCUGACCAUGCUUAUUUGACCAAAGCGAAACGAGCCAUAGAAGCAGCUCUCACUGAGGCAAAUGAAUCACGGAGACAGACGGAAUCUUAUGCAAUGAUUUUCAAGUUAUCCAGUGAAAUUGACCGAUGUCCUGCUGAUAUUUUGUCAAGUGCUCGAACUUUAAAAAGUGAGCUUCACGUUUUAUCACUAGGAGGGGAAGAUGAAUGGGCUAAAACAAGGGACAAGAGAAUGGUCAUAUUUUUAUUCAAUGAUUUAAUAGAAGUUGUAAAGGUAAGAACUUGGAAUGAAAAUAUCAGAACUCCAACUCGACGUAGUUUUUCUAAUUAUUCCCUCACGAGACAGUUAUCUUUUUCGAUAUUAAAGCAAAACAAGAAGAAAUACAAGCAUCAUCAGCAGUACAUGCUUGCUUCAAUUCGUAAAAUACAAAGACUUGUUCAUAAAGAUAUAAGCGGUGUGUUUAUUCUUUCAUUCCGAGUAAGUCAGGGCGAAGAUUUUUGGGUUGCUCAGUGUUUGGAAAAUCAAGAAGGAGAUUUGGAAAAAUUUUUGCGUGAUGUUGCAGAUCAGGUUUACAAAUUGGUGGGAAGAAAUACACUGGUAGAAAAAGUAGAUUUUGAUCUUAAUCCAUCAUUGUUAGGAGUGAAGGAAAAUGUAGUCACUAUCAGGAAAGCAUUGAAUCACGCGAUUCAUAAUUCAAACGACAAACAACACCAGACAUCCGAAACUGUUCGAGCUCGACCUCAAAGUCACUUCAGACGUGCGAUGUCCACUAUACAUUUGGGAAUAUCAAAUACUUUGUCACGUCUACAUUCACGUAGUAAUCUUGAUUCUGUUGAUGAAAGCAUUGAACGAGCUUCUCCUGGUGGAAGACGACACGCGAAUAUUUUCACAAUACCUAUUCGCGGUUCUCGACAAAUGUUGUCAGCGUCAACUUUUUUACCUUCAGUCACUAAACAUGAUUCUAUAUUUUCACAGUCUAUUAAAGAGUAG